AUGGUUGAAUCUACACUUUAAGUUGACUAUGUCAAGAAAUACAAUAGAGUAAAAUGCGAAGAUUUACUUAAGAGGAAGUUUUUCUAUGUACCAAGUUUCGAAAUCUAUGGUGGCGUAGCUGGUCUUUAUGACUAUGGUCCAUUAGGCUCUCAGUUGAAGAGCAAUGUUGAGCAAUAAUGGAGACAACACUUUGUAUUAGAGGAAGACAUGCUUGAAGUUACCUGUUCAAACCUCACUCUUGAUGAAGUCCUCAAAACUUCUGGACACGUUGAUAAGUUCGCUGACUUUAUGGUCAAGGACACCAAGACAGGUACUUGCCACAGAGCUGAUAAGUUGAUUGAAGAGCACAUCACUAAAGUACUUGGAAAGAAGAAGGAUAUGAAGCAAGAGGAGAAAUUAAAUCUACUUAAAUUGUAAGAUGAUGCUGGCUCAAUGGGUCCUGCAUAACUUGAUGAAACUAUCAAGUAACUUGGUAUCAAAGCACCAGACACUAACAAUGAAUUAUCUGAAGCUCAACCAUUCAAUCUUAUGUUUGAAACUUUGAUAGGUCCAACUGGUCAACUAAAAGGUUAUUUAAGACCAGAGACUGCUCAGGGUAUCUUCAUUAACUUCAGAAGACUUCUCGAGUUUAACAAUGGUAGAAUGCCAUUCGCUGCUGCUUAAAUUGGUCUUGGUUACAGAAAUGAAAUUCAUCCAAAAUAAGGUUUACUUAGAGUGAGAGAAUUCACCAUGGCUGAAAUUGAACACUUCGUAGACCCAACUAACAAGCAACAUCACAAAUUCAAUAGAGUUAAGGACAUGAGACUCCCAUUAUACUCCUCAGAUAAUCAAAUAUAGAACACCAGAGUUAUAAUCAGAGAUCUCAGUCUUGGCGAUGCUGUUGCACAAUAAGUUAUAAAUAAUGAGACUCUUGCUUACUUCAUGGCUAGAACUUAUCAAUUCUUGAUGAGUGUUGGUAUAAAAGAUGAAGCAAUUAGAUUCAGACAACACAGACCAGAUGAAAUGGCUCAUUAUGCUUAAGAUUGCUGGGAUGCUGAAGUAGAGACCUCUUAUGGUUGGAUUGAAAUUGCAGGUCAUGCAGACAGAUCAUGCUUUGAUCUAACCCGUCAUUCAGCCAGAACAAAGACUGAACUCGUUGCUGCCAGGUACUUGAAAGAACCAAAGCCAAUUAAACUCGUUAAACACACUGUAAACAGCAAAGAAGUUGGUAAGGUUUUCAAGCAAGAUUCAAAGGCAAUCAAGGAAUAUAUUGAUGAAGCCCCAGAAGAGAGAAAGCAGCAACUACUUGCAGAAAUGAAUGAGAACAAUCAAAUUUCAAUUAAAGUCAAUGAUAAGGACUUUGUUCUUACUAAAGAUCAUGUUACUUUUGAAGUCAUUGACAAGAUUCUUUAAGAAGAAAAGUAUGUCCCUUCAGUAAUCGAACCAUCUUUUGGUAUUGGUAGAAUUGUAUAUUGUAUCUUCGAGCAUUGCUUCAAGCAAAGAGCAGAAGAUGCCCAAAGAACCUAUUUCACAUUCCCACCUUUGAUAGCUCCAGUGAAAUGCUCUAUUCUUCCUUUAAUGGACAAGCCUGACCUGAAUAGAUUUGUUCAAGACAUCAAAUCGAUGCUUACUAGAGCUGGUGUUUCCUCAAAGAUUGAUGACUCAGGUUAAACCAUUGGUAAGAGAUAUGCUCGUACUGAUGAGUGCGGUAUUCCAUUUGCAAUUACAGUCGACUUCGACACCCUCACUGAAGAGUCUGUUACCCUAAGAGAUCUCCAUACCAUGAAGCAAGUUAGAAUGAAGAUUACAGACCUACCUUCAAAUAUUACUCAAUUGUCAUAUGGCAUCAAGACUUGGGAUGAAGUUCUUCAACAAUACCCACUAUUCUAGUCAGGUGCUGCUGCUGAAUGA